CCUUUUCGACCUGCAGCUGUGGACCUGAGCAAAAUACUUGCUGCGAUCCUCAGAGUUUGACCGGCCUCACGGAUUUUGCAAAAGGUCUCUGCUCCAGCAAACAAGAGAAAUGCCACCACACUUAAGGAUAUUUUUCUUGCUGGCUUUAAUGAACCAAGCAGAGGCUAAGAGACACCAGAACAUUAAUCAAGAUCUGCCACCACAACUCCAAAAAAUUGUGGAAGAAGUCACAGCUGGAAAGUAUCUCAAUGCCCUCCUCGAUAUACUUCAUUACCAAAGUACUAAUAUGUGGACAACAGAACUCCUGAACAAAGCCUUGGCAUAUUUCCAUGCUCAGAAUGUUAUAAUUACUUACAGCAACAUACAGGUUUCUGUUAAAAACUAUCUGGAAAACCUAUUAUACCACCCCAAAGUGCUGCUGUCUGAGUUUCAACAAAUGAAUCGUCAACGUUUUGAGACUGCAAUGAAAUACCUCUUUGGCAACAAGCAGGACUAUUUGGAGCUGGGGGACAUUGUUAUUGACCUGGUGGCGAUAAGAGAGAAAAUUCUCCAAAGUCCAGGAGGAAACAGAACCUUGUUCCUUAUUACUUUGGAGAGGUGCUUUCUAACUUUGAACCCUGCAGAAUGUGUGGACAUAUUAAGCCAGAUCCUUCGGUCAUCUUCAAUAAUGUAUCUCCAAGUCCACACCAUAUUGAACCUUCCCAAAGAUCUUCAGGAAGAUGCAUUUCGAAACCUAUCCUCAGUUUUCAAAGAUCUAUAUGACAGAAUAACAGCAAGUUCACAAAGGGCUCUAUAUGACUGGAUGAUGCGGAUCCUACAAAAAUCCUACAAUAGCAGUGAUUCAGAAAAUUUCACUUCAUGGGUGAGUGCAGAAAACCUCUGGAUUCUGGGAAGAUAUAUGGUUCAUCUCCCAUUGGAAGAAAUCAGGAAAAUUAGCCCUUAUGAAAUGAGAUUGUUCAUCAGUUAUGACAAUGCAACAAAGCAACUAGAUACCGUGUACGAUAUCACACCAGAUCUUGCACAAGCUUUCUUGGAAAGAAUAAACGCAUCAGGAUUUGAUAUGAGAAACACAUCAACGCUUCACAGAUUGGGCUUGUUGGUUUGUUUUUACAAUGACCUGCUACAGAUGGAGGCCAGCGUGGCUCGGGUUUUACUUCACCAAAUGAUUAAAUGCAACCAGCUAAGACGGUUCCAAGCUGACAUUCAGAAGCUCAAAUCCCAGCUGCUUGAUGUUGCGAUGCAUAACCAGACGUUGAAUGACACCCUUGGCUCACUCUCGGAUGCAGUCGUAGGACUGAGUACCAGCCAGCUGGAAUCUCUCUCCCCUGAGGCUGUGCACAAUGCAAUGCCAACGUUAAACCAAGUUUCUGGAUGGGCAAAAAGCCAAAUCAUUAUUUUAUCCAGCAAAUAUCUGAUGUAUGAAAAGAAUGGCUCAGUCAUCAGUGAAUAUGACAUCGACCUGAUUGGCAACCUCAUCUGCCAUUUACCUCCAACCUUCAUUUGUGAAGGAAUAUCGCUGGAGACGAUAGUAACAGCCCUUCACCAAUUUAGACAAUGCCAACAUCUCAGCUAUGAACAGAAGAUGGAAAUUAAACAUAGGCUGAUUGAUUUGUAUGGUUCCCCAAGAAACUGGACAGCUGAAACAACACAAGACAUCGGACCUUUUAUCGCUCUUUUGCCAAAAGCUGAAUUGAACAUCCUUGUUGAAAAGUUUCCUGAUAUCAUAUCAGAAAUAGCAUCAAAGAAAUCUGGACCAGUUCCUCUAUCAGAAGAGCUCUUGUUGGCUUAUUUUGAAUGUGUUCGCAACACAAGCAUCCCGUUUAAUGCACCAAAUUUAACCCUUGAUUGUGCAAAGGUUGUCCCUCCUUCCUCAGAAGAGAUUAUAAAAUUAUCAGAAGCAAAUAUGUUUUGGUCAGUUGAGGAAUUAAUCUGCAUGGACCCAGGCACUUUCAGCAAGACGGUGGAACUCCUUGGUUCCGUCUGCACUUUCAAUGCAUCUCAGCUUGCUGCACUAAAAGAGAAAGCUAAGCAGGUCUGGGGCCCAUUGACAAGCUGGAAGAAUUAUCACAUCGUUUCUCUUCGACGCAUCGCUAUAGCACUAAAUGAGACAGAGAUUGAAGCUCUGGAUUUGAGUUCAAUUGAUACCAUUGCUGCCCUUAGUGAGCAAACAGAAUGGGACCCUUUGCAGGCCAGGUCCAUUUUACAGAGCUUUCUGGAAGAUUCAGGCCAAGCGAUGGACGCUUUGAAAAGUUUUGAUCUGGCAGGACUCGGUUCUGCUCUUUGCGCUCUGAAUGCCACAGAGAUUGCAGCCAUAAAUGCAACUGAAUUCAGUGCUGUCGUUGCAAGGAUUGGUUCUUUGCCAUGUAAUGCAAGUGUCCUGGAAGGCUUUAAAAAGAAGGCAGAGUCUGUGUUUGGAAUUGCCACAGCCUGGGACAGAGCUGUCUUACAGGAGAUUGGUACCAUUGCAGCGGGUUUAAAUGACACUGAAUUAAAAGCUAUCGAUAAAGAAUUGAUGCCUUACUUCCACCCCAGAGCAAUAAAAUGUAUCCCUGAUGAAAUGUUCAAAGAACUGACUCCAGAGCAAAUAGCCAGUCUUGGCCCUGCAAAUGCAGCCAUGGUGACAGAAUCACAGCGCCAACAUCUAAAUGAGCUGCAGCUUCAGAGUCUUGAACAGGCGCUAGAUGGAGCCAGAAGAAGCAUUGACACGUCUCCAUUUGGUGAAAGUACCAUCAAACCAACAUACACUUCUGUUCUGAGUGGUGCUCCUUUUCCCUGUAGUUUAAGUCUUUGGGUGCUUCCAGUGUUCAUCUUGUACUUGGCAUCCAUGGCCCUUGUUUAGGAGAGCUACAACUGAUGUGGACAGAGAAGGAAAGCCUCUUAGGAAAGCCUACUGAUGCAGAGAAAAUAUUUUGUGCCUCUCCAAGAACUGCAGUAGUUGUGAGUCCCAGCAUUGCAUUUAAGUGAGUCCCAGAAAUGCAUCUAAGCAGUAUUUCUUAGCUUCUUAAUUGUCCAAACUUCAAGAUGUGUUGAUGGCCAUUGAUUGCUGCUGAGACACUGCAGAAUCAAAUUAAACAUUCAUAGAAGAAGGUCAAUAGCUUUUAGAUGAAGAUAUUGAUAAAUCGUGAAGUGCAGGGGCUCAUCAUGACAAGCCCUAUAACCGUGUCCCCAAAGAGGUUCCAAAAAUGCAAGCAGCCAUAUUGAUCCACGCCAACAAACCAGUCUAGCUGUUUUCACCUUCACCAGGAACAAGCUUUUGGUAAACUAUAUGGAUCUCGAUUGCCCAUUCAAGACCCAGACUCCUACCAUCUAUUCUCCAAAUCAACUACCCAUCUGUAAUUCAAUGUUCCUCUUUUUCUACAGCCUUCUAUAUUAUAAAGCAUCAUUGCAUUUUCUAAUAAAUCAUGUCUUCUCAUGAUAGAUCCAAAGUAUCUAUUAUGAUAGACCCUUUAGUCAUUUUGUCUUCUAGGGAGAAUUCAAGUUUGAUUUGCUCUUAGACCCAUUUAUUUGUCUUUUUGACAGUCCAGAGUAUCUGUCCUCCAGCAUCACGUUCCAAAUGAAUUUAUUCUCUUCCUAUCAGCUUUCUUCGUUCUCUAGCUUUCAUAACCAUACAUAGACAUUGGAAAUACGAUGACAUGGACAAUCCAGAUUUCAGCAAGAAACCAUAUAUAUAUUUAGACUUGAAGGUCUGGUCUAGUUUCUUCAUACCUGUCCUUCCAAGUCCUAGUCUUCUUCUGAUUUCUUGGUUUCAUUCUGAUUUAUGACUUGAGGCAAAAUAUGGGAAAUCUUUUAACUGUUUCAAUAUCUUCAUUGUCUAUCUUAGAGUGAUGUAAAUCAUUUAUGGUCAUGAUUUUUGUUUUCUUGAUGUUCAGUUGUAACCCUGCCUUUGCACUUUCUUCCUUGACUAUCUUCAACAAUUGUUCCAAGUCUUUGCUAUUUUCUGCUAGUAGUAUGGUGUCAUCUGGGUAUUUUAUAUUGUUGAAUGUCUUCCUCUGACCCUUCCUCCGAGUCUAAUUCUGCUUUUCAUACAAUCCAUUCAGGGUACAGGUUAAAUAGAAAAGGAGAUGAAAUGCAGCCUUGCCUGACCCCUUUCACCAACGGGAAACCGCCCUGUUUCUCCAUAUUCUGUCUUGACAAUGGCAUCUUGCCCUGAAUACAGGUUACGCAUCAGGACAAAAGGAGUGGCACACCCAUUCCUUUAAAGAGCAAUCCAUACUUUUCCAUGAUCUGUGCAGUCAAAUGCAUUGCUAUAUACCCUAUAAAGCACAGGCUGAUAUUCCUCUGGAGUGGCUCACAGAUGUAUAGGGAUGCUAAGAAUAGCCUCACUUUCAAAGUAUUAUAAAAAUGUAAGCGAUCUUGUGGCACCUUUGAGACUAACUAAAGAAA